AUGUACAAUCCGUACCAGGGCGGCUACCAAGGCGGCUACCAGCAAGGUGGUGGCUUUCAAGGCCAGUAUGGAUUUCAGGGCCAGCAGCAGCAGCCGUAUAUGCAGCAGCAGCAGACCGGGUUUUAUCAGCAGAAUCAACCCCAGCAGCCUGGUCUCUUCCAGGGCCAGCAGACGGGCUUUCAACCUCAACAAACGGGGUUCCAGCCUCAGCAAACUGGGUUUCAGCAGCAAUUUCCCCAGCAGACCCCUCAAUUGAACCAGCAGGCCACAGGCUUCCAGCCUCAACAGACUGGCUUCAACUCCGGCUACAACCAGCCCUUGACGGCUCAGAAAACCGGCUUUUCCGCCGCUUUGGGCUCCGUCACCGAAAACACCGAGUUGAAGAUUCCUAGCAUCCGUUUGUCCUUUAUCAGCGCUGAGGACCAGACCAAGUUUGAGCACCUCUUCCGUACCGCAGUGCCCAAGGGAGAGAACUCCAUCAGUGGUGACGGUGCAAGAGACAUCUUGUUGCGUUCUGGAUUGCAACCUGUCACUUUGGCUGAGAUAUGGACCCUCGCCGAUACAAACAAGCUGGGUGCUCUUUUGUUCCCAGAGUUCGCCUUGGCCUUGCACUUGUGCAACAUGUCUUUGAAGAACGAGCCAUUGCCUGGCGUCUUGCCUGAACGCUGGCAAAACGAGGUGCAGAGCUUCGUCGAUGCCAUCAGUUUUUCCGUUCCAGAGGACCCCAACAAGAUCAUGGCCAACACUCCAUUUUCUUCCUUUGCAGCUCCAAAGCCUUCUCAGAGCGACUGGUUGGACAACCAGCCCGUGAACCUGAACUUCUCUGGCAACGCGGCCCCUCCUCCAACCUCAUUUACGGCACAGCCAACAGGCGGUCUCAACUCGUUGACUGCUCAACGUACUGGCGGUGGUUCUUUCGUGGCUUUGCAGCCUCAGCAGACCGCUGGUUUGGUUCCUGCCCAGCCAUUGCAGUCUCAGAGAACUGGCCCACUCCAGCAACAGGCCACUGGCUUCCAGCAGCAACAGCAGCAACAGCAGCAGCAGCCUCAAUUGACCUCUCAGCGCACUGGUCCUUCCAACUUCCAGCCUCAGCAAACUGGCCUUCAGCCACAGGGCACAGGCUUUAAUGGCUCUCAGGGCCUUCAGCAGCAGCGCACUGGUGGACUUCAGCAGCAACGUACCGGUGGUUUCCAGCCUCAACAGACUGGCGGUUUCCAGCCUCAACAGACUGGUGGAUUUCAACCUCAACCAACCGGUGGUUUCCAGCCUCAGCAGACCGGUGGCUUGUUGCAGUCUCAGCCCACUGGUAAGCCUGGUCAAUGGGGUUUUGUUCACACUCCCACCGGAGGUAUUCCUGGUUUGAAUGUAAUGGAGCAGCACUUCUUGCCUAAUGCUCAAAUGAACACCAACAAUUUGCAGAAUGCUAUGGGAGGUACAUUGAAGAGCAAUGUGACCUGGGCUAUCACAAAGCAGGAGAAGCUGAUUUAUGAUGGCAUUUUCGGAGCUUGGGAUCCUGAGAGAAAGGGUUUUAUUCAAGGCGACACUGCCAUUGGUAUCUUCAACAAGUCAGGUUUGAGUAGACCCGACUUGGAGUCUAUCUGGAAUUUGUGUGAUGCUGGCAACCGUGGAAAGCUUAACAAGGAUGAAUUCGCCGUGGCCAUGCAUCUUGUGUACCGUCGUUUGAACGGACUUGAAAUUCCUUUGAGAUUGCCUCCAGAGUUGAUUCCUCCUUCUGCCAAGUACUUGCAGGAUUCCGUGGAUUCCUUGAAGAACCUGUUGAAGGGUGGCUCGAAGGGCAAGCCCCAGGCUGCCAAGCCACCUACUUCUGCAUCGAGAUUCAGAAACAACGACGACGAUAUGGGAUAUGUGUCCAACUCUCGUCACCGCAGCAGAAGACCUGCCGAGGAGCAGCCAAGUAGCGUUCAAUCAUCUAAAUCACGAGACUUGACUACUGCCGACUUGAAGAAAUUGAUUAGAGAGAAGCAAAUUUUGUUAGAUGCCGUUAACGCUGAGGAUCAACACUCUUCCAUUGCCAACAAGCAGUCCGAUGAUUACAACAGCAGAUUGAUUGAAGGCUUGAAGACUCAGAUUAGAGACACAGAAUCCAAAUUGAGCAAGGUUUCCCUUGGAGGCUCCCAAGAGGAGAAGACUCAGCUUUUGGAGAAAUUGAACCAUUUCACCAAGGACAAGGUUCCUAGUUUGAUUCAGAGAAUUCACAAGGUUAACCAAGACCUUGCCAGGACCAAGACAGAGGUCGCUAAGGCCAAGUUGAAGAAGGAGUACCCAGAUUGGACUCCUGAGGCAGGCGACGCUGAUAUCGUUGGCACUGGUCCAAACGGUGAAGUGACUGAUACUGAUAGAAGAAAGCACAAGUCCAAGGCGCUUUUGAGACAGCGUAUGGCUGCCCUCACUGGCAAGUCGGUCUCUGACGGUACCAACAAGGAUGCUGAUCAAAAGCUCAAGCAAAUCUCUGACAAUGCCACCAAGGAAUGCGAGAGCGAGUCAUCUAUGAUCAAGGAUAUUGAGACAAGCAUCAAGGACUUGGAAGACGGUGCCGCUCUUCACCUUCAGGUAUCCGUAAAAGACCAGAGUGGCAGCGAGAAGUGGGAAAGCGGAAUUGGCGUGUCGCAUGCUGUGAAGGUUUUCCUCGAUGAGUUGAAGAAGUUUGAGCAGAAGCAGUCGAAGCCUCAGGGUCUGAGUGGGGAUUACUUCUCAGGCUCUGAACCCGCAUCCCAAACCGCUCCAAGUCUGUCAUCGUCCAGAAGCAGUGCUGUUUCUUCGCCAGCUGCUCACAAAACUCCUGAGGAGAGACAGGCCUACAUCAAGGAGCAGGCUCAGAAGAGAAUGAACGAGAGAUUGGCUAAAUUGGGUCUCUCUCGUAAGGGCUUCAUCCCCAAACCAGCAUCACCAAAGCCUGUGGAAACACCCAAGGCUCCUGAACCAGCUCCUUCGAAACCAGAGCCUCAGCAGCCGAAGGAAGCACCAAAAGCUCCUGAACCGGCUCCUUCGAAACCAGAGCCUCAGCAGCCGAAGGAAGCACCAAAGGCUCCUGAGCCUGAGAAGCAAGAUGAAUCCAGUGAUGACGAUGAUGAAGAGUAUGCUGCCUUACUCAAGCAAAAGCAAGAAUUGGAGGCUAAGAAGCUUAAGAAGAAGCAAGAGAAGGAAGCAAGACUUGCCAAAUUGAAAAAGGAGAUGGCCGACAUGGAAGGCUCAAGCGAUGAGGAGGCUCCAGCUCCUGCAAAGGCUUACACGCCUAGCAGCAACAAGCCUACUCCUACCACUGAAGCUCCAAAAGCUCCUGAGCCACCAGCUGAGGCUAAGCCAGAAGAGCCUAAGAAAGAGGAGUCGAGUCAGGCUGCUAAUGGUCCUCACAAGAGCAACCCAUUUGCCAGAUUUGGCACUGACGCCAAUAAGGGUGCUGAAAAGGCUGGAACCCCAGGCUCUCAGAACUCCAACCCCUUCUUCAAGUCUCAGCAAAAGCAGGAGCCUGUUGACCAGAAACGCAUGGAAGCGCAAAGAGCCUCCCAGAGAGGUUUGGGAAGUGAUGACUGGAGUGACGAGGAGGCAAACUCCUCUGACGAUGACGAGCCUAACAGAGCUGGUGCCGCUAAGUUGGCCAGUUUGCUCUUCGGUGGUAUGCCUCAGCCAGUGACCAGGAAUCCAACUGGAAACCCAGCUGCCCAAGAGCAGAAGGCCCCAGAACCAGCACAAGCUGCAGAGAAGCAAGCUGAGCCUCAGGCUCCACAGCAGCCUCCUCUGGCUCCUGCUGAAGCGCCUCCUGCUCCUGCUGAAGCGCCUCCUGUUCCUGCUGAAGCUCCUCCUGCUCCUUCUCAAGCUCCCCCUGCUCCUGCUCCUCCUGCUCAAGCCCCUCCGGCUCCAGUGGCUAGUACUCAAAAUGACGACGAGUCAUCUGAGUUUGACAGCGACUCCACCGAUGAGUUUGCAACACCUUCGCCACCAAGCAGAGCUGCUGAUCUCGGUGCUGAUGAUGUGCCUCCAGUUCCUGGUCAGGCUCCUCCUCCACCAAUUCCUCAGGAAGCUCCUCCAGUUCCAUCUGCUGUCCCACCUAUUCCACAAGAAGCACCUCCAGUGCCACUGCAGGCUCCUCCUCCACCAUCUGGAGGUCCUCCUCCGCCUCCUCUUCCUGCUCAGGCUCCGCCCGCUCCUUCAGGUGGUGCUCCCCACCACCUCCAUCAUCUUGGAGGAGCAAAGGCGGCAGGACCACCUCUGGGAGGUGCACCAAACAUCGGUGCUCUCUUGGGACAAAUUCAGGGCGGAAAGUCUCUUAAAAAACUUGACGAUAGUCAAAAGAAGGUUGCCGAUGGUGCUACUGUCGGUAGAGUGCUUUAA